GGCUCUGCAGAAGAAAGGUAAGGCAUGGGGCAUAUUGACUACUGCUGCCAGGGGCAGUGGUUUACUGUUUCUGAAUUUUCUAUGGAAAGUGGACGGUUUUUAAACAGAAAAUUUUAUUUUGUUGAAAACCAUGGGGGAAAAAAAAAAGGUUGAGGGAGCAGGUCAGCAUUUACUAAUAGAUCAGCUCAGGCUGUGUUUAGUAAGGAAGGGUUGAAAGAAGGUGAGGCUCAGAUGCCUUAGACAUUGCUUGUGGCAUAUUCUCCCAGAAUGAAGCUGAUUCAUAUUUGGAAAUGAUUUGACUGCAGGCAGAUAGUUUAGAACAUAAUAUAUUAUGCAGAUUUCUACCAAAUUUACUUGUCCAAUUAGAUCAUUAAAAUGCCUCAAGCAUUGUGGCUUGGUUUUAUUUUGUAGCAUUUUUAAGAAAAACUCACCAUCUUUUCCUUGUAGAAAUCUUGUCCACAUACUCUCUUCACCCUGGGGUUUCUGGAUGAGGACGACUGAGGUGUGUAUAUGGGGCUGGGAGAUACCGAUGACUGGGAACUGUUUGAAAGUGGCAUUAAUCAAAGGUUGCAGGAGGUGGUGGCUUCACCAGAGACUUUCCUGUGACACAUUAAUUGAGCUACAUUUUUGUGGCUACUUAACUCUGACACCAUAUUUUUGCAUGGACAUUAAAUGGCACCUUGUAGGAACUUUGGCAGCCUGCAUCGUAAAGUCCCACAGAAGCAGAGAUCUUUUUUGAGAUUUGAAACUAAGGCAGGCAAUAAUUGUAAACAUUUUUUUGCUGAUUGUCCUAAAUAGUAUUUCAGCCUUGUAUGUUCCUCCCUACCUGCAGUUCUUCAACUUUGACUUUGUACAAAUUAUCAAAUUAAUGCUAUCAUGAGAGUGCGGUACUGAGCCAGAUGAUGGCUGUCCUUGUUGCAUAAUGCAGAGAGCUUCGGCCAGAGAAGUUUUUAGCAAUAGUGAAGAAGGGCGGAGUAUGGAGGACACACACUCUGUAAUUGAGGAUCAAAGCUAAUUGUUUCUGCUUCUCAAUCUGUACAUGAGCUGUUCAGCUGCAAAAGGCAGAAGUGUGAGGAAGCAUCUCUCAUCUAGAUACUUUGUCAUCAGGGAGAAGUGAAGAGGGAGGGCUUUCAGAAGUGGCACAAAGCUGAAGAUGGAUAUUAAGAGCCUGAAGAACUAUCUCUAUUGGCUGUACUGCCAGUUUGAACUAAUCACCUGCAGCUAUCUCAUGGAGCCCUGGGAAAAACUGCUUUUCUACACUUUCAACAUUACUAUGUUAGUUAUGGUAUUAUACACUGCUUACAUCUUUGUCCCUGUCCACAUUAGCACGGCUUUUCAAUUCUUCUUGCACUUACUUGGAAACCAACAUGAAAAUACUGUUUCUGUCGUGAAGUAACAUUGGCAACCUGACACUGACUUUUGGAUCAAAGAACUGUUUUUCUUAACGCUCUGUUUUUGUUUAGAAACAGGUUCAGGGUAUGUGCAAACACUGUUUUAUUCUGCAGUAUCUCUUAAUGUUCUUCUGUAUUCCGGGACUCUCUGACAGCAAAUUAUUUUGCCAAAACAAUUUCAAUCAGGCCUUGUUUUUAUUGUUUGACUGACUGCUUCUUAAAGAGCUUUCAAUUUUAAAGACUGGCUGGAAUUACAAAGCUGGGUUUGGUACAGAAACGACUGUGCUGUGUAUUUUUUUAUUCCAGGGAGAUCUGCUUGGAUAUUGAGCAGUUUUCAUCUUGAGAAAUUAUAUGGCAUACAUUUGUUCUUGUCUGCCAUAGCUUUGCUGAUAGGAGAGAUAUGUGCACAAAAGGUUUUGCACGCUACACAACUAUAAGCUGCUUCUCUAAGCUUGGUAUGCAUGUAUUUAUAGAAUGAUUUUAUUAUUUAUUUAGUUCCCUCAAUUAUUUAAUACAAUGAAUUACUUGACUGCUUCAUCAUCAUUGUGCAAAUAAUGCAGUUAAUUUAUUAAAAAUGUGGGGAUUUAGUACCAUGAAAAUUUAGAAUAAAAUGAUCAUAUUCUUGAACUUUAUAAAAAGAGAUAAUUU